CAGUGUAAGGAUGCGUCGACCUAGGCCGUGACGUCACGCCGCCAUGCCGCCGCUCGCGCUGUUGCUGCUGCUGCUAGUGCACGGGGACACCAAGACCGUGCAGCAGGACAAGCUCGCGGGCGUGCGAACAGUGGACGUUCAAGCUGUGGAGGGCAUGGUGGCACAAUUCCCCUGUGACCUGGGCACGGCGGCCAAUGAUAAGGUCUACAUGGUGUUUUGGUUCCGGGACGACGCUGGCAUCCCGCUGUACAGUUUCGACGUGCGAGGCAAGCCCCUCUCCGAAGCGCGUCACUGGUCCGCGCCCGAAGUUUUCGGACCGCGCGCACACUUCGCCACCUCGCCGCCCCCGGCAGCUCUCCUCGUGCGAGAUGUUAAGAGAAGAGACGAAGGCGUGUACCGGUGUCGAGUGGAUUUUAGAAACACUCAGACUACCAGCUUCAGAUACAACCUCACUGUUGUCGUGCCUCCGGAGAAGCCGGUGGUGGUGGACCGCUGGGGGCGCGUCAUCAACACCACCACGUUGGGUCCCCACCAGGAGGGGGACGACGUUCUGCUCACCUGCCGGGUGCUGGGAGGGCGACCAGAACCGACAGUCCGAUGGCUGGUCAACGGCGUGCUAGUAGACGCCGAAUACGAGCAGAACACCGGUGACGUCAUCGAGAACCGCCUCAUGUGGCCGGCGAUACGGCGCGCCGACUAUGCCGCUGUGUUCACUUGCCAAGCUGCGAACUCACAAUUAGUUCCACCACGGGAGGUGUCUUUAGUCCUGGAUAUGUUCUUGAGGCCACUGACAGUAGAAAUACGGAGGCCUACAGAAAUAGGCGAAGGAGGCUCUUUGACUGCCGAGCGGCGGUACGAGGUGUCAUGUGAGUCCGCAGGGUCAAGGCCGCCCGCGGUCAUUACGUGGCACAAAGGAAAACGGCUGCUUAAGCGGAUCACGGAGGAGGUCCGAGACAACCUAACAGUGAGCGUGAUGAGCUUUGUUCCCACGUUAGAAGACGACGGCAAGGCCAUCACUUGCCGCGCGGAGAACCCUAAUGUGACUGCGUUACAUAUGGAGACUUCCUGGACGAUUAACGUUGUCUAUCCUCCAGUGGUGCGGUUGCGGCUAGGCAGCACGCUAGCCGGCGGAGACAUCAAAGAAGGCGAUGACGUGUACUUCGAGUGUCACGUGCGCGCCAACCCCGUUGCGAGGAAGCUCUCGUGGCUGCAUGACGAUCGGCCGUUAGCCCACAACGCGUCAGCGCGCGUGUUCCACAGCAACCAGAGCCUCGUACUGCAAAAGGUCACGCGGCACUCUUCAGGGCGGUAUGCUUGCUCCGCGCUCAACGCGGAGGGCGAGACCGUUUCCAAUGAGCUGCACUUUCGAGUCAAAUAUGCACCGUCAUGCCGGACCGGUGCCGGUUCGCCUUCUGGCGUCGCAGUAGUCGGAGCGGCUCGAGGCGAGGCCGUAGUCAUCGUGUGCGAAGUCGACGCGGACCCACCGGCAGCUGUGUUCAAGUGGAAGUUUAACAACUCGGGGGAAACCAUAGACGUGGCUGCCGACCGGUAUACGUCCAACGGCAGCGCUAGUAGUCUCAAAUAUACGCCAGUGGCGGACUUGGAUUACGGCACACUGUCCUGCUCGGCGUCCAACGAGGUGGGCUCUCAGCUCGCGCCCUGUGUCUUCCAAAUGGUGGCAGCCGGCAAACCACAUCCACCUCGCAACUGCUCGUUAUGGAAUCAGACGGCGGAAUCAGUAGAAGUGGCAUGCCUGGCCGGCUUCGAUGGUGGCUUGCCUCAGACAUUUCUGCUGCAGGUCUACUCUGCAGGCGAGAGCGUGCCGAGAGUGAACCUGUCAUCAGACGAGCCGUCUUGGACAGUGCGGGGUUUGGAGUGGGACGUGAGGUUCCGGCUCGAAGCCGUCGCGGUCAACGGCAAAGGCCGGAGCGCACCCGCGCGGCUUGAUGACGUGCUAUUCAGAGAUCCUGAGAAAAGAACAGCAUCAGACACGGGGCUCGGUCUCGGCAGCACAGCCGGCGCGGUCGGCGCGCUCGGUCUCGGCGCCGGCGCGUGCGCACUCCUCGUCGGCGCGUGCGCGCUGUCACGCCGACGCCGAUCGCGAGCCAAACCGCCGCCGGCGCCGGCCGUGCGCGCCACUAUGGCCCCCGCGCCGGCGGACGAGAUCAAGAGGCCGGAUCAUGAUGACACCGAGCCGGAUCUUAUACCAAAUAAUUACUGUGAAUCAGCAGUGGGCAUCGGUCGGCUAACGGCAGCGUCGCCUGCGCGAACUGCGCCCGCGCCGCUAUCCACGCCAGCAAGUGCAUGCAACGGCCCCGGCGCAUCAUGGACAUGGGGUGCGCGGCCUCGUGAGCUCGCGGUCGGCGCGCCCGCGCCGCCGCCGACAAUCGGCCGCAGCGCCUCCGCCACGCUGCGCGCCGCCGCCGAUCUCAAUGUCGACGCCAUCAAGGAAAAACUGCUCGACCACCGGAUCCCUGAGUCUUGCGUCUAGUCUAAUUUAGGUGAAUAAUACGCGCCCCGCCGUUGCCGACAAAACUGUAACCUCACCAAUUACUUAUAAUAUAAUCCUCUAAUAGAAAACAUGUCCGUGUCCAUAUACCAAUCGAGGGUUUACUGGUGAAACCCGAUAAAUCGAAAUAAUUUGUCUUUGAAAUAACAAUAUUUGGGAAAUUGCACAUAGUUCGAAUUUCAAUAACCAGUUUGCUCUACUUAUCGGGUUUCACCAGUGAACCCUCGCAAUGUUAAUACUUUAUUUUUAUUUCGCAAUAUUGUACCAUAUCAUAAAACAUAUCAGCUUAAGUCCUAAAAUUCAGCAACGACAUUUUAUUGUACAUAUAAUCUCCUUUAGUUGAAUAGGUACGAAAGCCGAAGGCGCUUUGUUGAACAAAGCGCUUGAAUUUCGCGAGCUCUGUCAACACACGCUGCAAUCAAUUUGAGUGGUGAGGUAACAAAAAUUCCGUUUAUGAGAGUAACAAAACAGGAAAUACCCUUGAAAGCCCGGGCGGAACGUUCACGUUACAAUUUUAAUUUGUUAGCCAGCAUUAGAACGCCGGCGGCGCAGCGGCGGCGGCGGCGGCGGCGGGGCGCGCCGAUCCUUGUACAGUCGCGAUGUCCCUGUCUUGUAAAUGUGGUAGGUAGGAACCUCUCGGGGCGCAUUCUCUUCACUCAUUCCUUCAGCCGUACGCUCGGAAUACCCUCGCAUAUAAAUGUUGCCAAUUUAUCUUAAUACUUUAUUAACUUUAUUCAUUCCGCUUAAUAUUUGUGUUGACCUCUGACCGCUAAGGGUACAUACAUGCCUAAAGGCACUAUAAAUUCGUAUCUAAGUAAUUGUCGUACCUGUUUCUGACAUCUCCUGAGACCCUAGUAAAUUAGCUUUUGAAUUAAAGGGUUGGGAAUUCCGAGCGUAUUUUUCCGAACUUGAAGACUAACGUAUUAAAUUACAUAGUUUUAUUGAUCGUAUGUAAAUAGUAUUUGUAAGCGACUGAAUCUUUGCCACUUUUUUACAUGUCUACGAUCUCUAGCCGGCCCGCCCGCGGUGCGCGAUGUCAUUAGUUUAAAUGGAUUCAUCGUUAUCUGUAUAAAUAUCAUAUACAUUUAUGUAAAUAAAAUUUGUACUUGACUCUUAAGGUUUUAAAUAAGGUCAGCUUGGAGAUAUCGGCCAGUUGCGAAACAUUCCCGCAAGUCAAACGAAAUGAACAGAGGCCUGCCGCGAACUCCCUCGAAGGAGUCGAAGGUUUGACGUGUUCCCUGCAGGGCCGGAUCUAGGGUACAUCGAGUGGAGCGGCCCCUCUAGGCGCCAAAUCAUAGGAGGGCGCCAGAACAGCAAAUGAUAAAAAAUACGGCCUUAUUUGCGAGUACGGUAAAAAAAAGGUAAUCAAAGGAGGCAUAACUCCAUUUCGUUCUACCCUGAUUGAGUGCUCGGCCCGGCGCUGCCUAGCUGUUACACUUAUGCAAGAAUAUAUAAGUGCAAAAGGGAGGGAAGAUGUCGAGCAUGAUUCGCGGAAGGUUAGUCGUCAGAAAGUUUCGCAAUUAGGCCACCAGUGCGAGUAUUGUCGCGCGGUACACUGUACAGGUUAUUUACACCCAAGCUCUGACGAUUUAACUCCCACUUUAUGUCCAGAGAAUUGUAUGUGACGUGAUAAGAAUGCCAAUAGGCGAUUGCUCGCUCGAACACAUAGAUGAUUGCAAAGGGAUAGAAUAUAGUGAGCGCGAAAGAAACGUUUUAAAAUAUCUCAAAGAAUUAUUUAGUAAACAAAGUAAAUUUUAAACCUAAGUUUGCAUUCUUGGCUCGAGCACAUUACGAUGUACAUAAUUGUUAACGUACGAAAGAUUGAUUUCAAGUAAAAAAUAUAAUGCACUUACAUUUAAAACCAAUUUUUGAACAUCAAACAACACCCACUCUGGUGUUUUGAUGAAGCUUACCUGAACAUCGGAACACGUUCAUUUCCCGUCCGUUUUUAAUUUCAUUACGAAGCAUUUAAAACAAGGCCGGGGCCGUCACUGCAAAAUCACGGAAAAAUUAACUUGAUUACAGACUCCAAAUUACCUCGAUUUUAUUUUACAAGCGAAAAACUGUAGCAUUUAUCAAUGUGUUCGAACGAAAAUUUAAAUUCACAAGUUGGUAGCAUUGAAAUGAAAAACAUAUCUUUCUGGCACAGCCGAAACAAUGGAGCGUAACACGUAAAUAUCAGUAUUGUAAAAAAAAAUCAGAGUUUAUUGUGUCGCCUGGGGCCCGUUUCUCGAAAGGUACAAGCCUUGUAUUACAAGUGCGCGAACUGUCAAAUCGUAUGGGUUGUCAUGGAAACACACUUGUAAUACAAGGCUUGUACCUUUCGAGAAACGGGCCCCAGGUAGGCGAGUAGGUAAAUGAUUGUUAGGUAAUUUUAAUUUGUAAGUAAGAGAUUUGUUAUUAUAAUGUUUAACAGCUCGGAGCCCUACUGUUGACUUAUUUAUUUAUUUUGAUGAAAGAAUAAAGGUUGUC